AUGGACAACGGACAGCUCGGGGACGGGACACCCCCUCCCAAGCGGUCUGGCGAGCCUGAUACGCCGGCUUCUGUUCAAUCUUCGGCCAUGGACUGUAGCUCAUCGACUAACUCUCGAUCUACUCCGUCACCUGGUCGAACUCCAGCUCAAGUCCAGACGGUCUCGAAUAGGUCAGGGCAACCAGCGCAGCUGAUCCAGAACGAUGACGAUGACGACUACGAGCCGCCAGCGGUUAUCCCCCCCGAGAAGGACGACGUCUAUAGAUCACCGCUGGUAGAUGUGCCGAUACGCGACGAUGGCUAUGAGUCGCGGCCUGCCAAUCCUCCUGCCCAGAGUACCUCCGCUUUUACCCCUCCUGUGGCUCAACCUUUUCCGGCCUUCGCUCCUUGCCAGUUUGCUCCAUACCAAUUUGUUCCUUAUCAACCCUACUUCGCGCAAAUGGGUCAGUAUAUCGGGGAUAUGGGGCAAUAUACCAGGCAUCUGGGCCAAUAUUUCCGGCAGAUCGGCCAGUUCCCCUGGCCUAUGGCCAAUGGAUCCUUUGGUCCCUUCUUUGCGACCAUGCCUGCCUACCAACAGGCAAGGGCUUAUCCCACCAUGCCACAACCCCAAGUGCCUACGCCAACCGCUGGGAAUCUCUGGAGAAAUUUUCCACAGUCCCAAAAUACACCUGCUCCGAUUGUGGGCGAACACUCCUCACAGCUCCAGAACAAUUCACCUGCUCUAAAACAAGAAAAGUCCCCCGAAGCGUUGCCGUCGCCCAGAUCGCCUAGGAUGAUGAAGAAAGACGGCCGUCAUCCCGAUCCCAUCAAUACCCCGUCAAAGGAGUCAGGUGGCGUGCCCAACCCUACCCCCUCCUACCUGAAGCGUGCGUCGCAGGAGCCCGUCGCCGUUGAGGAACCACGCCCUCUCCUCAUCGUCAUCGACCUCAACGGCACCCUUCUCUACCGGCCGGACAAGCACAAGCCUACGAAGUACCAGACCCGGCCUCUCGCGAGCCAAUUCAUCCGAAAGUGCAUCGAGAAGUAUCGGGUCGUCAUCUGGUCCUCGACACGCGACGAAAAUGUUCGCAUCAUCUGCCAGAAGCUGCUUUCACCCGACCUCCUUUCGCGCGUUGUCGCCAUUUGGGGCCGCACCAAGUUUGGCCUGUCGCCCUCUGACUUCAAGAAGCGCACCAUGUGCUACAAGCGGCUGACGAAACUGUGGGCUGACCCUCGUGUCGCCCAGUCCUACCCGGCUGGCGCAGAGGGCGAGCACGGCUGGGACCAGUCCAACACAAUCCUCAUCGACGACACGCCGGAGAAGGCGCGCGCCGAGCCGUACAACGCCAUCAUCGUGCCUGAGUACACGGGCGAGCAGAACGAACAGCCGCGGGUGCUCGAGUGUGUCGAGCAGUAUCUUGAGACAUUGAGGUACCAGGCAGAUGUCAGUGCUUAUAUGAGGGUUAAUCCUUUUGCGCUACCCGAAAAGCAGACGGAGGAGAAGAAGAAACGGAAGAAGAGGAAACGCAAGAGGGCGGGCAGCGAAUCGGGUGAAGUUGCUCAGCAGGAGCAGGAGCAAGCGCAAGACUAA